UCAGACCGGGCAGUUUCAUUUGGCAUGGCGUGUGUUUAAAUAGGGUCGGACGCCGGCGUAACCGCACACACCUUGCCUCCCUUGACUGUUGCUCUCAGCCUCUCUCACUCCCUCUUCCGUUUUCUGUGCUGGGUUAUUCAUCCACCGGGUUUCUACUCGCGCCGCACUUCUCUCCAAGAGAGGGGCUCCCGAAGAGGAUUCGCUCAACGCUGGCUUUAGGUUUAUCCCGAAGCUGGAAAGUCCACUUUUUUUCAGCUGGAACAAGACCUUGAAGUUUGCACUCAUCGCAGACAUGAGGGUGCGCUUGCUGAAAUGCGAGGCGCCCGCCCCAAAUACCUCGCCGUUGCUCAAAAACCGCCACAGCGUUUUGUAUAACUGGCGACAAACCGGCAAACAUGCUGCAGGAGAUGAAGGAGUUUGGCUCACAUGCCAUGGAUAUAUAUGACUACCUCGUCGCAGGAAUUGAUCCUCGAGUGAAGAAUCAUUUCCUGAUGCAGAGUCCUAUUCCCAUGACUGUCAUUUUGCUGUGCUACCUGUUCUUUGUCCUCUACCUGGGCCCUCGCAUCAUGGCCAAUCGAAAGCCUUUCCAGCUCAAGGAGGCCAUGAUAGUCUAUAACUUUGCAUUGGUGGCGCUGUCGAUUUACAUCGUCUACGAGUUCUUGAUGUCCGGCUGGGCCACAACGUACACUUGGCGAUGUGACGCAAUCGAUGUUUCCAACAGCCCUCAAGCACUUAGAAUGGUUGAAGUGGCCUGGCUGUUUUGGUUCUCCAAAAUCAUUGAGCUCAUGGACACCAUGUUCUUCGUACUGAGAAAAAAGAGCGGCCAGAUCACCUUCCUCCACAUCUUCCACCACUCCUUCAUGCCCUGGACCUGGUGGUGGGGAGUUGGCUACGCUCCCGGUGGAAUGGGAUCCUUCCACGCGAUGGUGAAUUCUUCCGUCCACGUGAUCAUGUACUUCUACUACUUCCUCGCUGCGGCCGGACCUCGCUUCCAGAAGUUCCUUUGGUGGAAGAAGUACAUGACAGCCAUUCAGCUCAUCCAGUUUGUCCUGGUAUCCCUCCAUGUGACUCAGUAUUACUUCAUGGACAGCUGCGACUACCAGUUCCCCAUGAUCAUCCACAUGGUGUGGGUAUACGGCACCUUCUUCUUCGUGCUCUUCUCCAACUUCUGGGUGCAAGCCUACGUCAAGGGCAAGCGGCUGCCCAAGCAGGGCAUCAAGACGUCUCAGAACGGCGCCACCGCCGCCUCCUCCUCUGCCCCAACCGUGUACGCCAACGGCAAGCACCACGAGAACGGCCUCAAACACGGCACGUCCAACGGCACCAGCAACGGCUCGGCCCACCACGAAAAUGGCAGCGCUCCCAUGGGCAAGAUGAAGAAGGCCUAGGGGGGUGCCGCGGGGGCAAAGAAAGUCCCAGAAAGUAUGACCUCGCGAAGCCGUCACACCGAUCACGGAUUCCAAAGAUGAUUUUGGCUGCGUUUCUUGUCCUAUUUUUAGUUUUCUCUGUGAAACGUGGGAGGGAGCGAAGUAGCGCAGUCCAUGAUUUCCACAAAGGGGGAUUCCACAUUCGGUUGGUUUGGUUGUCUCUCUGAGUUUUGGGGGAAAGCACAAUGUAUGAAGAGAAGAUAUUCACCGACAUGCAAAUUUAGUAUCACACUGGUUGCCUUUCACUUAAGAAGACGUGUCCUCGUAUCACCCCUUUGUGGACAGAUGACUGUACACAAGACUUGAAAAUACUUUUAUCUGUAAAUAGUUUUACAACAAAAUAACUGUAUUGGUAAGGCUUUCUACUUUCUAAAUUGUGUAUUUAAAAAUAAAAUGCCAAUAAACCAUGCUAUAAAUUA